AUGGAUCCCUACAUAUAUUCACUACGAUGCCCAUCAAAUAAAGAUGAUCAACGACGAUUAUCUAUUGUUAAAAAUGGAUAUAUGACAUCAGUUGGAUUAAAUAUUAAACGAGCUGAACAUAUAGAACAUGUGAAGAUUACAAAAUCAGAUGAAUUAAUUGAAUUGAAAACUCGUUUUCAUCGAGUUCGUAAAAUAACAACUUGUUUUUUUAAUUGA